CACACUCUGCAGAUGCACCUCGGGUUCUCUGCGUUCCCACUGCAGCGAUGUGCGGCAAGCAGCCAGAGCCGGUGACACGAGCGGGAGCUUUUUAUCCGUGAAGGACCAGCUGAGACUCCACCUGAGGACCUCACCGGAUUUCCCCGCACUUCCCCUGCGCGCGUCUUUAAAGUGGGCAGAGCAAAGAGAAAAGAAAGCCCACCCCUGGUGUCCACAAAUACAGACGCGCGCACGAGAGCGCCGGUUCGCCGCUUUGUGCCGCACUUUGCUUUGAGAGGAGCCGCUGGGUGGACGCAACUGAGGGGAAACAACUGCGCACCGCUCCUUCCGGUGCCCUGCGUGCGUAAACGCUUUGCGCUUCGGUCCGCAUCUCGACUGCGGGAGAGGUUUACGCCGCACGCACAGCGCAGCGAGCAAAGAUCCGCUUUAAUCCUCUCCAAAGACAACAACAUCUGCACAGUGAUCAGACCCCAGUUUAGCCGGAGAAGAUGAUUCCCAUGCUGAUCUGUGCUUUGGUCUCACUGAGCGCAGCGAGUACGGAUUUAGACCAGCUGUACCCUGAGCUGGAGCACUCCAGGACCAUCUACGUGACAGAAAACAGCCCUCAACUCUCAGUGGUGGCGGAACAAUCAAAAGUGGUGUCGAGACGAGGAGGAAACGCCACUUUGCCUUGUAAGAUCCAACGGGACCAAACCCUCGCGCCCAGUCGCAAAACGAGGAUCAAAUGGACCAAGCUGACGUCAGACUACCUGAAAGAGGUGGACGUUUUUGUGGCCAUGGACUACCACAAAAGGAGCUACGGCAGUUUUCAUGGACGUGUCCACCUACAGGGCUCCUCCCCCACAGAUGCGUCUCUGGUUAUCACAGAACUCACCCUGGAGGAUUACGGCAAAUAUAAAUGCGAAGUAAUCGACGGCCUGGAAGACGGAACGGUGGUGGUGUCGCUCGACCUUGAAGGCAUCGUCUUCCCCUACUUCCCUCGCCUGGGACGCUACAACCUCAACUUCUACGACGCCGAGCGGGCGUGCGGCGAACAGGACGCCGUCGUGGCGUCCUUCGAGCAGCUGUACGACGCGUGGCGAGGGGGGAUGGACUGGUGCAACGCCGGCUGGCUGAGCGACGGGUCGGUCCAGUAUCCCAUCACCACCCCCAGGGAGCCCUGCGGAGGCAAGAACACGGUGCCGGGCGUUCGCAACUACGGCCUGAGAGACAAGGACAAGAACCACUACGAUGUGUUUUGCUUCACCUCCUACUACAAAGGUCGCUUCUACUACCUGAUCCACCCCUCUAAGUUGACCUACGAUGAGGGGGUCAAGGCCUGUCAGAAGGACGGCGCUCAGAUCGCCAAGGUCGGCCAGAUGUACGCGGCCUGGAAGCUGCUGGGCUACGACCGCUGCGACGCCGGCUGGUUGGCGGACGGCAGCGUGCGCUACCCCAUCUCCAACCCCCGCCGGCGCUGCAGCCCCACGGAGGCCGCCGUGCGGUUCCACGGCUUCCCCGACAAGAAGCACAAGCUGUACGGCGUCUACUGCUUCAAGGGCCACAACUGAGCUCCAGACACACGCAGUCACAGCAACACACGCAUCAGGAUGUAGACAGGUAGUAUGAGAACACAGCCCUCACUCUAAUCAGAAGCAUCAACACUAGACGCCCACACUACAGCCCCUGGGAGCCACGAGUACCAGCCACAACGCCAUUAGAUCACACUCGCACGUGUCCCUGAACACACCGCCAUCAACAAACCUGUUUAAACUGUGACUUAUUGUCAUGUGCUUUUAAACCCAGGACCUGAUUCACUAACAAGGACAGUCUAUACAUAUUUAAGAUUCAUAAUAUUUAAUCAAUGCCUUCGAGAGGUUUGGCUUGAAGUCGGGGGUCGGGGCGUCACAGCUACACGCGUACCGUCAUUCACGAAUGGAAGCAAGGAGCAACAAGUUUGAACCGAGGACGUUAAAACAGCCAAGCGUCUCGCAGUCGGACCGAGACUUUGGGCACUUAAAGACAAAGCGUAGCACGACGGAAGCGACCCGUUGCUGUCCAUUCUCCACAAGGUGCUACGACUGGUACUUUGCGCUUCAUCCUACCGCCCAGUAUUUUGUGUUUUUCUCUGAAUGCGUUGGACCAAACAUCGGUGUCAUCACUACAACCAGAGACAUCAUCCAACAGCUCGCGUUGUUUAUGUUUUAUAACUAUGUAGUGAUUAUCUAGAUAUGUAUUUCUGUUAUUGGCCAAUUGAUUUUUUUAUAUACUGUAGGAAUAUUUACAUUAUUAUAUUUGUCUGUUUUGGUCAAACUAGGCCGAGUCUCUGGUUUACAGAAAACGACGACAGCAGAAAACAUGCAAAACCCCACAGAACUAGAAAGACUAGAACAGACACUCGAAGGUGGUUUUUUUUUGCACUGGACAUAAAGAAGAUGCCAAGAGGAGAUGGCUGAUUGCUGUGUGCAAAGAAAAAAGAUGCCUGGCUCAAAUAAACACAGUGGUUGUUCUGCAUGACUCUGCUCCACCUCCGCACAGCAGCUCUCAGCUCUCGUCUGUCCAGCUCCUCAGUAAAUGUUGGUUGUCCUACAAAUAUCGUGACAGCGGCUGAGCUGCGUCUUCAGAUGGUCUGCACCUAUACAGCCCAUUUAAACACAGGAUCCAAAGCGCUUUACGCUAGUUUCUCACCAGCAGCUGCCGUGCACCGGGACUAGCUCGUAACACCGGGACCAACCCGGGGUUUAGUGUCCUGCCCAAGGACACGUCGGCAUAUUGACCAUGGUGAGGGCUCGAACCGCCAACCUUGCGAUUCCAGCCCUACCAACGCUAUAGCCGCCCCAUGAGGUCGUUUUUGUGAUUUGUGAGCCUGAAAUGAGAAAGUAUUCACCUCAAACCAAAAUGGCGUCCCAGACAUAACUAAGCGAUGUGGGUUGCACGGCCUCAAAGCGUCCUCCUCAGGAUGCUCCAGCCUGUUUUAGCAUCACUAUACCUUUCUUGUUAAAGCAUCUUUGGUUUAUUACAUGGCUAAAAUUGGGACAAAAGUUUAUUAAUCAUUAAAAAACAGGCACUCUGCUUUGGAUCAUUCCAGGCACACAGGAGGAAAUGAGGACUUGUGAAUUAUUAGCUCUGAAGACGCAGCCCAGGUUAAAAAGCAUGUGCUCGCACCAGGGUACGAGGAGCUGAGGUCAGACGGACGAAGCCAAGGUUUCCUGGCGUCGACCGGCUCCCUCUGAUGCUGUCUCAGCGUCAAAGCGCCCAAUCGGGCCGCUGAGCUCACCGGUCCGAAACAGCAGGCCUGCAGCCGAUCCCCGCCAGCCUGCUGAAUGGGACAGAAACACAAUACGCUCAAUAUCUCGUGCACAGCGGCGCUCAGGGCCUCGUCCAUGUAAGGCUGCCGGAGAAAACGCUGCCCAUUGAUCAAGCAUAAGCUCAUGGAGGUCCCAGCUGGCACGUGGUCGCUGGGGCCUGGUGCAGGGCUUCGCUUUACUUGGCUCAACCUUUUGACAAGCUGCACUUAUCCAGGACUUCCUGAAAGAUAAAGCUAGUUUCACAAAACCACAGCAUCGAAGAAGUCAUAUAAAUAAAGAGUUGAAGCAGCUUUGAUCCUUUCAGCUUGUGUCACUUUCAGUCACGGUUCGCUUGAAAUAUUCAGUCACUGUUUGAGGGUUUGCAACAUCUUUACUGUGUAAAGUACAGUAAAUUCUGCUAAAAAAAAAACAUAGUGAAAUCGUUAUGAACCUUUCUGUUGUUAAUAAGCUACAACUAAGCAUAGAGACCAGUGAACUAGCUUUCUAAAACCUGUCGACCUGCACCUGCAACUCAACAGUUUUGUAUGAUUUAAACCGUUAUUAAACUUCAGAGGUGCUAUUAGGAAUUUUUCCUAAGACCUGGACGGUGCCACUAGGUGGUUUCACCUGUUUCUUCUGCUUCUCAUCUCCUCACUCGGCUUUUAAAUCUUCUUUUUGUGAAUGCUCCAUCACAAGCCUUGUUAGUCAAUGAAGUGUACGAGGAAACCCUUAGAGAGCCAAAGACAAAAGGACAAUAAAAAAAGUACAUAAACCUUGA